GAGCCUCCUAACGAAACAUGCAUAGUAGCCACAGGACGUUAUCUUUUGUGCAGGACGUCAAGCUCCCGCUACUUCUUGCCUCUUCUUUGCUUGCCCCCGGCAACGACCACAGCUCCUUCCAGUGCUGAAGACUGCUUUGCAGUUACUUGCUUAGGACACCAGGAGGCUGGCUCUAGAGAGGAUCUUCCCUGUCUGCAUCUCCCUCGGUUACAUCACUUCCUCCUUGCUUUCUUCUGCGAUAUUACAGAUCGUGGCAGGCGACGCUGUGUGCUCGUUGAGCCCUGGAGGCAUUACCAAACUUCGCCGAUAAUUCCCCUCAUGCUUUCAGAUUAAAGGCUGGGGGAAGGAGGAAUUACAGUUUGCCUUGAUCUUUUUGUAGAGACGAAUCCAGUCCCUCGUGGAGACUUUUGGAAACAUGGGAGUCACUUGUGUUUCUCAGAUGCCGGUAGCAGAGGGUAAGAGUGUUCAGCAGACAGUGGAAAUCCUAACAAGAAAACUGGAACUACUCGGAGCAGAGAAACAGGGAACUUUUGGUGUGGACUGUGAAACAUACCACACUGCACCCUCCACAAUGGGCAACCAAGGGCAGGCUGCCAAACUGAUGUACGUGAUGCACAAUUCCGAAUAUCCCCUCAGCUGUUUUGCUCUUUUUGAAAAUGGCCCCUGCCUCAUAGCAGAUGCCAACUUUGACGUCCUUAUGGUGAAACUGAAAGGCUUCUUUCAAAAUGCAAAAGGGAACAAAAUAGAAAGCCGGGGUACCCGGUACCAGUACUGUGAUUUCUUGGUGAAGAUUGGCACUGUUACCAUGGGUCCCAGUGCUCGUGGAAUAUCUGUGGAGGUAGAAUACUGUCCAUGCGUGGUAGCCAAUGACUGUUGGAACCUGUUGAUGGAAUUCAUGCAGAGCUUCAUGGGAAGUCACGUUCCUGGAAUCCCUUCUGUGUUCAACAAGCAUGACAGUAUCUAUAGCCCAGCUGACACAAUGGUUCAGUACAUGGAACUCUUUAACAAGAUUCGCAAGCAGCAGCAGGUGCCUGUUGCAGGGAUCAGAUGAGGAAGCGAUCAUAAUGCCUAUUUUCAAGCUAGCAACUGUUCGCUUGAUAGUCAUAUCACAUCCCAGUACUCCAGGUUACAAUUUUCUCUCCACAUCAAAGGACAGUCCUACUUCUUUAGAGGGAUAAAAUUAAUUGUAUCUCAUCCUACAACUUCACUUAUCAGUGAUAUUUGCUUACUUUGCCCUGCUGGCCCAGUAAACUUACCUACCCUGGGUUCUCCAAGCAACAAUCCCUCAAAAAACUGGAAACUAAGGAUGAUUUAUUUGCAGAAAUGCAGAGGUUCAAAUUGUGUGUAGGUGGAAGAAUGAGCUAUGAUUGUAUUUAAUAUCCUUGGUCGUGGAUGUGAAGUUUCUGUUGAAUAUGAAAGCCCUUUGCUACUCGUUUUAAUAAAACAGCUGUAUUUUCAUAUGAUACUGUGAACUCAAUAGAUGAUUUUUCUUGCAGUUUGUGAACGUUUUAUUCUUUUAAUGGAAAUUUAAAACAGACAAAUUCAAUGUUGUCAUAGUUUAAGUUCUUUCCCUCUCACUACCUUUAUAGAAUAAAUAUUAAAACGUUGGAAUUUAGAAUUAUACCAGUUUAGAAGCUUAAUUUCUGUGAUCUUCUGAAAUAAGUAUUCUGCCUUCGACCUGUAAGUAUAUCUAAAUGGUACAGAAAGAAUCUGUUCAUGCAAAACAUGCUCCAGACCAAGAUACCAAAAUGUUUUAUUAUGAGGCCUUAGAAGCAGAUUGGUGUGACUAUGCAAGAUCUUCUGAAAUAGUAAGCAUUUUGUUGAUUGAAGAAUCUAGUGUUUCCAUCCUUAUUGUGGUUUUGUCUGUUUUUAGAUGUAUUAGUUGACUACAUUAUUGUGAACAGUUUUCUUUUGGUGCUGCAGCUGUGUUAGCUCCCAUGAAUAUCCUCCCUUUAAAAUGUCCUAAAAUAAAGAGCUAUUAAACUAGGGUCUUAUCUGCUGCA